CCGGGGCCGCCCCUUCCCGCCCGGGGAAGCGGGGCCGGGGGCUGCCCCAUGGCCACUGACCCAGCAGAGAGCUCCGGGAGCCACGGGAAGAGGCUGGGCUUGAGCCAGAGUCACAGCAGCUCUGCUUUGGACUAUUCAGGAGACACCUUUGAGUCCUUCAGCGGGGAGGAGGAGAGUGAAACACCUGGAUCCAGGUGUCCCACAGAGGAUUUGGAGGGGGAAUCUGUAUCAGAGGCGUUGAAAAGCUCAUCAUCACUGGCAGGCCAAAGUCCUGCAGAGGAGGAGUCUGAAGCAGUGGAAAGAGCUGCCAUAGGAAAAUGGAUGGAUGCCAUGGGAAAAUGGAUUGAUCUGAAAAAUAAAGACACUGGGAUUGGGCCAGAUCAAUCUGUGAGCAGAACUGCUGGAAUCCCUGCAUUACCCCACGGAGAACUGGAGGCUCUCAGGACUUUCUGCAGCAGGAGGAUCAGCAGGAUGCAGCAGCAGCAGGCAGAGAGGUGCAGGAAGCUGCACUGGGGAGUCCCAGCCAGGCAAACUGGGCCAGGAGAUUCCUGUGCUGUUCCUGCCCAGCUGAUGAACAGGAUCCUGCUGGAAAACACCAGGGAGGCUGUGAGACAGGUGACAGAAGCUGAAAUCCACGAGGCUUCAACAUGUCCUGACUGCCAGCAGAAGGAAGCAGAGCUGGCCAAGGUUGCCUUUCUCAGGCAAAAAAAGACUCUGCUGGAAGGUGCUUUACUCCAAGAGAAAUUGGAAGAACAGUUUUACUCCAGAGACAUGCUCACACUUCUAGGAGAAGCUCUCAGAAGCUUUCCCAAACCUUCAGAGGAUCCCAGGGACUUGUGGCAAAGGCUGAAGGGUCAGGAAAUGGAGAGCCUGGAUUAACCAUAACUCCAGCAGCUGAAGGACUGGGAGAGCCUCCUGUGGGCAGUCACCUCCAGAAUUCCAAUGAUUUUGGAUCUGAGCUGCUCUGGCAGUGAUGGAUUGGGUGCUGGUUAAUAUUCCUGCAGGUGGAAGCAAAUCUGCCUGGCUGGGGUGUGAGUCAACCCUUUCUCCUUCCUCAAUGCAAAUGUUGCAAUAUAUUGUAAUCCAUCUCCAUAGGUUUCUCAAAUUCCAGAAGCCAACACUUUCCAUUAUUAAUCUGACAAGCCAGAAGUAUUGUUUUGUUGUUUUUUUUUUUUUUGUGGAAUUGCUGUGGGAUUGCAGAGCAGCUCCCAGCUGCUUCCAUCCAUAAGGAAAAUAAAUGAUUCUGUUUGCCAGGGUGGGGAGGUGUAAUUACUGCAUUUCAGCUCAGCCUUUGCCCACUGUCUCAUGGUAAAUUGAAAGUGAGAGCCCCAGGUGGAGGACAAAAAGCAAAGAUAACUACAGAAAGCAGUAAAAUGAAAUGCAGUAUUUAUAGAAGGGAAAUAUGAGGCUCUAACAGAAAUUAAUCAGCAGGACUGGGGAUGCUGAUGGGAUGAGAAAUGAUAAUAAAUUAAUCAUGGAAUCUAUAUAGGAUAGAGAGAAAAAACCAACAGAUUAAAAGUGGAAUAAGAAUUAUAAGGAAACACUUUGGAAUUUAUUGUAAUUUUUCAAGAUGACAAAAUCACUGUUGUUCAGAGAUGGAUCUGGGGUUCAGUCCACACCCAAAUAAAAUGGAAUUGUGCUGGGAAUCUUUGGGUUAGACAAGGAAAUCAUCCUCAGUGUGGCCUCCAAAGCUGUGUGGGCACCUCGGGGCUCAGCCAUGGCCUGGCUCUCCUCAGCCUCCCAUUUCCUGACUUCCCUGCAUUCACAUCUCCGUGGAAAUCUUGCAGGAAUAUCCCUGUCUGUGACCCCACACUGUGUUCUUGUGCCAGAGCAGAGAGGAUUCAAUCCCCCUGUUGCAUUUUCCUCCCCCAUUUUGGGACAAGAGCCCUCACUGCCAAAGUGGGGUUUGCAUUUCAUGUUUUGUUUAUCAGAGUCUUUGAGGGCUGUUUAACCUCCUGUUCUCACUUCCCAAAAUCCAGUGGAAACCUGGAGGGAAAUGCUGGGAUAUAAACAGAAGUGUUAGCAAAGUUCUGCUUCCUGCUGCUUAAAAAUCUGCUCUGGGUGAUUUCCCCUGGCAGUGGAUCCUGAGGAGAUCAAACCCUAGGUGGGAACCCAACCCAAACCUGAGUUACUCAGUGCUGGCUGUCCUUGCAAACAGCUUUAAUAAUCCAUCAAAAAUAUCCCCCUGUAAACAUCCCCUUUUAAACCGUGCCUGCAGAGCACCUGGAUCAUGAGUAAACCCUGCUUGUUCCUUCCUGUUGCUCUGGAAUCCUUAGAAAUGUUCAAAUCCCUUAAAUCCCGAGCCUUCCAAUCUCUUCAUGGACACCCCACCUCUGCUCUUUACUUGUUAGGAGCCUUUGGAAGCCUCUGCAAACGCUGGGAAAGGCACCCAGAAUUCCUGCUGGAGCCCUGGAAGGGCUGUCAGGUGUGGGGGAGACAAUCAGGAGCUGAACCCUUUGAAAAUGUCCUUUUGUAGCACAGAUUUCAGCCCUUGCAGACCCACAAAAAGUGACUUCCAUGCACAUGUUGAUAUUUUUGUUUUCAGAACAUAGAAGCUUCCUAGAGCUACUGAAAUUUCUUGGUGUCAAGCCUGCUGUAAAUCCUGAAGUUUAUUGUGAGUUAUUUGGGUUAUGUGUCUGACAGUAUUUGUCUGUGGAACAGCAUCCUGCUCACACACAGCUCUUGUUUGUUUGCAUAAAUGUUACAAACAGAACUCAGGUAACUCCUCAGCAAAAUCAAAGCAGAUUUUGCUGAUGGCUGUUGGAUGCAUUUUCCUGCUGCUGACAACAGUUGUUUCAUUCUUUUAUCAGCAGUGAGCCCUGAGUGUUUUUCUUCAGCAGCUCUUAGAGAUAGGCAGGGGAAUGAAUUAUCCUAGUCCUUAAAUAAUUUAUGUUCUAAUCCUGCAGUUUUUGAGGCUGGAGAUCCAAAACUCUGCCAGGGAUGUGGGAAAGAGGGUGGAUGAUGAAUCUUCCUUUUUCCCCUUCCAGGAGCUCCUCCCUCCAGCAGCAGAUUUUUAUUUUGAUCCAAAGAAACCUCAAAACUCUGGUCAAGGAAUAUUGACUCAUCUGCUGCCUGGUUUGUGCUUGCUGGGGCAUAAAAGGAGCAGGGUGGCUCAAGAGGGAUUCCUUGGGAAAAGCAGUGGCUGUGAAACAAAUCAAUCUGCCUCUUCAAAGUGCUCUGCAGCUUUGCCUUUGUGGCUUUCCUGCCACCCAGAGUUGCUUGAUUUAAUCUUCUGGAUGAUUGCUGGUGUGGUGGGGUUCACUGCUCUGAGCUCUGUGCUAGCAGAGAGGGUUUCUCCCACCUCAGCUGGUCCAUGCUAUCCACUUUUGGGAUGUUGGAUUUUAUAACUGACCCUUUGGAGAAACUUCCAUUCCUCAAAUUGUCAUUAAAAUCAGUUUCCCAUGGCCCUCAGCACUGUAACUCGAAUUUAGCUUUAUAAAAACCACCCUGCAUUCCAGGCUCCCUCAUUCCUCACUCUCCUUUCCAUCCAUCUCUCAGGCUCAGGGAAUUUGUAUCUCUAGGAAAAACUUCCCUCUCAAUCCCACCAGGCUGCUAGCCCAGCUCUGAGUGGGAGUGAACUUUUAAUGUCAUUAAUUUCCCUGGAUGUGAGCUGGCAACAAAGCUAAAUAUUGACAAAUGACCUGUUCUGGUGGAGGGUGGCCCUGCCCAUGCCAAGGGAUGAGCUUUAAGGUCCCUUCCCACCCAAACCAUUCCAUGAUUCUGGGGUAUUUCAAUUUGGAUUUCCUGAGGAAAUCUGUUGUGGUCCCAGUGUGGGAUCAUAGAAGAGUUUGAGUUGGAAGAGACCUUCCAAAGGCCACCUAACCCUGCCAUGACAGGGACACCUCCCACUCUUCCAGGCUGCUCCAGCCUGGCCUUGGGCACUUCCAGGGAUCCAGGGGCAGCCACAGCUGCUCUGGGAAUUCUGUUCCAGGGCCUCCCCACCCUCAGUGCAAAAUCCUUCUUGUAUCUGAUCUAAACCAUCAGGUAAAACCAUCUUCCCUUGUCCUGAGGCCCCAGGCCCUGCUGAGAGCUGUGCCCCAUCUUUCCUGCAGCUCCCUUUGGGUACAGGAAUGUUUCCCUGGAUCCUUCCCUUCUCCAGCUGAAUGCUCCCAACUCAGUUUUUCCUCACAGGAGAGGAGCUCCAGCCCUUGGAGCGUCUUUGUGGCCUCCUCCCAUUAAUCCUGAACCUUUUGUCUGAAGUUACACGAGAAUCUGAAACGCUCCAGGCUCCCCUGGGGUCCCUCAGUGCCUCCUCAGGAAUUCCCCUCAUGGGGUUGGGGUGUUGUGAGACUUGGGGGUUUUUUUUUAGUUUUAUUUUUUUACCACAGCCAAUUUGAUCAGGUUCCAAAGAGAGGAGCUGAACCCAUUGAUUCAGAGUGGGAACUUGACAAAAAAUGUUCAGCUGGUGGCACCAAGGACCAGGUUUUGGUGCUGGGAGGGCUCGUGUUGCCCUGUGGAACAAUAAAACCCUGAGCCAAGAGCAGAUCCCUCAAACCAUCCAUGUGUCCUCCUGAGGAGCUGCAGUGCUCCCAGCUCUGCAUUCUUCCAGCAUUUUCCAAUCUCCUUGCGUUCUUCAAGCUGUAAUUUUAUCACCACUGGAUGUGAUUUUCAGAGAGGGACUUUGGAUUGUGCCCCUGAGGAAGGCACAGGGUGUGUGCAGAUCAGCCCUGCCUGCUUUCCUGGGGUUUAAAUGAUGGCAGAGCAGAUCUCAAUCCCAUAAACACCACAUUUCCAUUGUUUUCAUGCAACUAAUUGUCCUUUUUUUCUUUCCCCCACAAGUGAUUUUGAAGAUUUUUGGCAGCACUGACAACAGCAGGAUGUGGAUGGGAGAUGAGGGGGAGUGGAUUCCUUCUGUCAGGAUCCUCCAUCUUCCACAUCACCUAAAGAACUGAUCAGGGUACUUAAAAAAAAACCAAAAGAACCCAAACAUUUUCCAGCUUCUGGGCAUGGAUAUUCACUGCUUAUUUAUUCAUUUAUUUAUUCUGUAAUAAAAUAGUACUGUUCUCACAGA